AGUGCUUUAUCAUAGACUCGAAUCAGAUAAAAUUUAUUGACUCAAUUGAUAAAUCUAGUAGUAAUGUAAUUUUGUAUUACAGGUUAUAUUUAUGGGUGUAGUUUACUCUUGUAUCAAAUGAAAUUGGGAAUGCAAGUUGUUUUGUACAUAUUGAGAUGAUUCCUAAUGAAACGAAUUUGUUUUGAAAUUUUAUCUCGUACUUGUUUUGUUGAAAUAUUACAGGAAAAUAAAAAAAAAACCUCACCUUAAUGGCGUUGCAAAUGUACCAGAAAUUACAAAACUUUUUAAUUCAAAUGGGCUAGUAUGAUAUAGCAGGUUGUAUUAUAAGUGAAGUGGAUAAUGUAAUGAGAUCAAUGUGAUUUAAGAUAGUUUGUUGCAAAAUGGAGUUGAAGGUAUGGGUUGAAGGUAUACAACGCAUUGUUUGCGGUGUUACAGAAACUACAACAUGCCAGGAUGUAGUUUAUGCACUUGCACACGCAACUGCUCAAACUGGCAGAUUUACUUUAAUUGAACGCUGGAGAGCUAAUGAAAGAUUGCUUGCACCCUAUGAAAAUCCAUUAAAGAUAUUAAUGAAAUGGGGUGAAUAUGCAUCGGAAGUGCAAUUGAUACUUCGUAAAUCCACACCAGAAGCAAAUAAAAACACCGCCUUGGCUAAUCCUCGUUCUGUACAUACAAAUCGUAUUAACAAAAUACAAAAUUCUUUACCAGAGCAUUCUUUAAAUAAUAGCUUACAUGAAAAUAUUAAAGGGAGUCCAACAAUAGGAGCAGAUUCUGACGAUGUUCAAAGUGGCUUAGAAAGAAAUCGUGAUAUUAGAAAGUCAUUGACUUUUAGUGGACUGCAUGGAAAUAUAAGCGAAAUUAGUCCAGAAGUUCAAAUGGAAAAUGUUGCCAUAGUUCAACCGACGCCACAAUUAAAAUCAAAAGAAUUUGGAAGUAGAAAAACGUCACAAAGACUUACUCAGUCUCCAACUAGAACUUCAAAUAUUGAUGGAAAUAUUUAUGCAUCCCAAAAGAAAGUGCGCGAAGUGCCUCCUUAUAGAGAUCCACCAGGUCCUGUUUCACCACCACAGAGAACUCUACCGCCUUAUCGAGAUCCUCCACCACCAAAUUUGAACAGUCCUGGGAGAUCGCAAUAUUUACCUAAUACAAGCAGCAAUCCUCAUCUUUAUAAAGAACAAUCGUCACCUCAUAAUGCUACAAAAUCAAAACGAAAUCUUAUUCAGGAAUUUCAAGAAAUAAAAGGACAAAAUCAAACUGUCAAUCAAAUUGCUGGUCAAGGACAAAAUAUGGUGACAGUAGCAUAUACACAAAGAUAUGUUGAAUUAAUUAGGCUAGUCAAUAGGCAAAGAGAUACCAUCAAUGCUCAACAAGCAGAUCUGACAAAAUACGAUGCUGAAAUUUUAUAUUGGGAGACUAAAAAUCGAGAGCAAAUGCAUCAAAUGGAUUUUAUAUCUCAAGAGGUAAAUCGAAUUGAAUCAAGCAAUAGAGUUAUCGAAGAUCAGUUGAAAGAGUUAGCGCAUGUUGAGGAAGAAAGUGAAAUCGUUAGACAGCAAGAAAAAACUUUGAAAUCAGAAAUAACACUUUUGAGAUCAAAACUUGCAAAUUGUGAAACUGAAUUACUUCAGUGCAAAAAUAAAAUUCGACUUGUUAUGGAAGAAUUAGCAAUGGAGCAACAUAAUAUCAAUAGAGAGGCCGAUGAACAUCAAAUGAUGGAAAGGAAGAUUAUAGGUGAAGUUGAACAUCUUCAAAACGAAGUUGAACAAGCUAAACGCGCUGCAGAUAUGGCCACUCAAUGUGCCGAAUCGUUAAAGCAAGAGGUUGUAAAUUUAGAAACUGCCAUUAUUGAAAAAAAGUUACAAGUUGAAAGGCUUGUAGCUGAUAUGAAGGAAGCGAAUUUGCAAAGUUUGACAGUUGCUUGCCAGGACGAACAAAUCAAACAUUUGCUUGAAGGAGCUCACAAACCUGGAAGUACAAGAAAAAUGAUUGGUUCACCAAGACAGUUAGAAACGGCAGUGCCUACAAGUAAAAAUCCACAUGGUGUGUGGGUGUAAAAGAGCAUAAAUGAUCUCUAAUAAUUUAUAUUUUAUGUAACAAAAAAAAACAAAACAAAACAAAACAUAACAAAACAAAAAUUAGUACUCUAGUUACUUAAUUGUUGAGUCAUAGAACAAUCAAUCGACAAUAUACGUUAAAAAUCGAGUCAAAUUAGUAUAUGAAUUUUAAAUAAUUUUAUAAAUUUUAAAUAACCUAUUUUUAUUUUAUGUAUCGGUUGAUGUCUAUACACGUAGUAUUAUUUGUUUCUAUAAGUAAAUUUUAAACAAGCACACACUGCCAUAAGUGUUAUAAUAUUUAAUUAUAAUAUUAUAAUUAAAAACUAUAUUUAUAGCUUUUGCUAAAAACGUUGCCUAAGUAUUGCUUAAGUUAUUUUGGCAAUUGACCAUAAUUUGUUGUAACUAAAGCAUUUAUCUUUAUAACAAUUUAUUAUUAAUGCUCGUUUGCCAAAGUGUAUUAAAUUUAUGUAAAUUAUCUUGCGCAUCAAAUA